AUGGCUUUUCCGUCUCGCUCCCUGACGCUCGUGGCCGUUUUCCUCGCGGCCGCCGCUCUCCUCGCCGCUCUUCCUUCCGCGAGCGCCGCGGGAGUGAAUUACAGCAAGAGCGGGCUCGACUGGGAGGUGUGUGAGUCGCCGCCUAGACCCGUGUGGGUGGGUGGUGUGAGAGCAUGGGAAGGGUUGAAAGGUGGCGUGUGCGAGUCGGGCGAGCGCCAGUCGCCCAUCAACAUCGUGAUGGAUGAGGCAACCACGGUGGACGCACCGGAGAAGUUUGCCCUGGAAUAUGACUCCGCGCCCACUUCUGCCACAGUCGGCAACAAGGGCUACACCGUCCAGGUGGUUCCCAACCCCAACCACACCUACAAGCUGCACAUCGCCAGUGGAACCUACGAGUUGAAGCAGGUGCACGUGCACGCCUUCUCAGAGCAUGCCAUUAACGGGCUCUUCGCGCCCAUGGAGGCGCACUUUGUGCACGCCCACACCGACGACCCCUCCAAGCUCGCUGUCGUGGGGAUCAUGCUCCGUCUGCAGCGCGAUGAUCAUACGAGCGAUUGGGUUCACUCCUGGUUGGGCAAGACCCUCUCGGAGGUGAAUGGGACAGCCACCAUUGACGUUCCCAAGAACUUCUAG